AUGGAAGAGAGCACAAAUGAUUUACUAAAGAAGUUGUUGAUUGACAAUCAGCAGCUCAGGACCGACUUCACAAAUCUUAAGAGGCAGAUGGGGCAGUUAGCAACGAAUCAAAACACUAGACCUGCAGGCGCUCUCCCCAGUGAUACAGAAAAGAAUCUGCAAGUGAAUGCAGUUACACUGAGAAACGGGAGGGAGCUUGAGGAAGUGCCAAAGAAAAGGAAAGAUAAGCCUGUACCUGAAGGGGAGUUGAUCCCUAAAGUGACAAACGAGCCAAAGAAGACUGCUGAAAUUCUAGAGCCAGUUCAAUUGAAUAUCCCACUUCUUGAUGUGCUUCCUGAAAUUCCAAAGUAUGCUAAGUACAUAAAAGAUAUAGUGGAUCACAAGAGAAGAUUAACUGAAUUUGAGAAAGUUGCACUUACUGAGGAGUGCACUUCUAGGCUCCAAAAUAAGCUCCCUCAAAAGCUUAAGGAUCCUGGCAGCUUUACGAUUCCUGUGCGCAUUGGUAAUAUUGAUGUGGGUUGUGCUCUUUGCGACUUGGGGGCGAGCAUUAAUCUGAUGCCCCUAUCUUUGUUCAAGAAAUUGGGCUUGGGAGCUCCAAGGCCAACUACUGUGAUGUUGCAGCUGGCUGAUAGGUCGAUAGUGCACCCCGAGGGGGUGAUUGAAGAUGUGUUGCAACAAAUUGGGAAAUUUAUCUUCCCUGCUGAUUUCAUUAUCCUCGAUUAUGAGGCUGAUGAACUGGUCCCAAUCAUAUUGGGGCGACCUCUCUUGGCUACUGGUGACGCAAUUAUCAAAGUGAGAGAGGGAAAGAUGAUCUUGAGGGUAGAUGACGAGGAAGCAGUUUUCAAUGUCUACAAAGCAAUCCUACUUCGCCGUCACUAUGAUGAGCUCUCCAUGAUAUCUGUUGUUGAGGUUGAUGAGCAAAUUCGUGAUCCAAGUGUAUAUCUAGAUGAUUCUCUAGAGACAGCACUUAUGUUGUUUGAUAGACUGGGGAAUGAUGAGGAGGUCGAGGAGAUGAUGCACAUCCUUGAUACAUCUUGUGCAUACAUGCAGGGGAUACACCCCUUUGAACCUUUGAACAGGCCAGAGGGACCUCCUCCAAAACCGUCAAUUGAGGAAGCCCCGAAAUUGGAGCUUAAACCUCUCCCAUCUCACCUGUAA